AUGAAGGCAAUUACGCUGGCAGCCCAGACGAUUGCCUCCGGCCAGGCAGACAUCGUCGUCGCCGGGGGCAUGGAGUCCAUGUCGAACGCGCCUCUGUACAUCCCCCCGAACGCAGGCCGGCAACAGGCGCUGAACGGGCUGCUCGUCGACGGACUGACUGAUGCGUACGGCAAGAGACAUCACAUGGGGAUCAAGGCGGAAAUCUGCGCGUCGACCCAUCGCAUCCCGCGGGUCUUGCAGGACGAAUACAGUGUGGAGAGCUACGAGAAGGCGCAGACUGCACAACGACAGGGCUGGUUCAACGAGGAGAUUGUGCCUGUUACCCUGGAUGACCAGCAGGUGGUGGACCACGAUGAGCUUCCUGGCAAGGUAAGAUUCUCAGAAGCAACAGCAACGGCAACAGCCACAGGAUCUGACCGACACAGCUCGAUCGAGAGAGGCUGCCGACCCGGGGGAACCGUGACGGCGGCGAACUCGUCUCCUCUCAGCGACGGCGCCUCUGCGGUGCUUCUGAUGUCUGGGACGAGGCUGCGCGAGCUCUUGAUCGAACCGUUGGCCCGUCUGCGAGGCUGGGCCGACGCCGCCACCGACCCUUCCCAGUUUCCCACGGCGCCUGCACUCGCUAUCCCCAAGGCUCUCCGUCGGGCGAGCGCGACCCUGGAGGAGAUGGAUGUAAUCGAGAUCAACGAAGCGUUUGCGGUUGCGACCCUUGCGAACAUCCAGGUCCUGGGGAUCAACCGUGCCAAAGUCAACCAGCACGGGGGCGCGGUCGCUCUGGGUCAUCCGCUGGGUGCGUCGGGCAGUCGCAUUGUGGUGACGCUGCUGUCGGCGAUGAAGAGGAAAGGAGGCAAGCUGGGCUGUGCGGCGGUGUGCAAUGGAGGAGGAGGCGCGAGCGCACUGGUCGUGGAGAUCAGCUGA